GCUCUUUAACCAGCUGCGGAGCCGCGCUGCGCUCAGUUGACGAGACGAGACGAGUCAGCGUUCGCGGGCUUGCAGAGCCACCAUGCCGAACUGGGGCGGCGGCAACAAGUGCGGAGCCUGCGGCCGCACCGUCUACCACGCCGAGGAGGUGCAGUGCGAUGGCAGGAGCUUCCACCGCUGCUGCUUCCUCUGCAUGGUCUGCCGGAAAAACUUGGACAGCACGACUGUGGCAAUUCACGAUGCGGAGGUUUACUGCAAGUCCUGCUACGGAAAAAAGUAUGGCCCGAAAGGGUACGGCUACGGCCAGGGGGCUGGCACGCUCAACAUGGACAGGGGAGAGAGACUGGGCAUCAAGCCUGAGAGCACGCCCUCUCCUCACCGACCCACGACAAACACAAACACUUCCAAGUUCGCCCAGAAGUUUGGAGGGGCAGAGAAAUGCUCUCGGUGUGGCGACUCCGUUUACGCGGCAGAGAAAGUAAUAGGAGCUGGCAAGCCAUGGCACAAAAACUGCUUCCGCUGUGCCAAGUGUGGAAAAAGCCUAGAGUCUACAACCCUAACCGAGAAAGAGGGAGAAAUCUAUUGUAAAGGUUGUUACGCAAAGAACUUUGGCCCCAAGGGAUUUGGGUACGGCCAGGGAGCAGGCGCCCUCGUUCAUGCCCAGUGAGGGGUACGGCUCAAAAGCCCUCAUGGCUCUGCUGAGAUCCUGCUACAGAGUUUCCUAAACAUUACUAACUACUGUGAAGCAGAUACUAGUUACUGUAGUGCUCGGGCAUACCUUCACCAGACAGUUUUUUUAAAGAAAAAGAAAAGCAGCACUGUUUUCCUCGCUUUGUGUAUCACACUGUAACACUUCUGAGUAUCAAUUCAAUAAAGCUUUGCUUGUUGAUAUAUCCUAAA